UAGGAGGGACUCGGGGAGACCCAGAAAAGCUGGAUAUGGACUCAGUGACCUGUGAGGAUGUGGCUGUGAACUUCACCCUGGAGGAGUGGGCUCUACUGAAUCCUACACAGAAGAAACUCUACAGAGAUGUGAUGCAGGAAACCUUUAGGACCCUGGCCUCAGUAGGAACAAAAUGGGAUGAUGAUGACAUUGAAGAGCAGUACAAAAACCAGGGGGGAAAACCAAGAAAUCAUAUGGUAGUGAGAUUCUCUGAGCGUAAAGACCAUAGUCCAUGUGAAGGAAACUUCAGCCUUAUUCCACCUCUCAAUCAGAACAAGAAAACUCCUAGAUUAAAACCAUGUGAAUGCAGUGUAUGUGGAAAAGUCUUCAAGCAUCAUUCAUCUCUUAAUAGGCACAUGAAAUGUCACAUUGAACACCGACCUCAAGAUUUUAAAAAAUAUGAUCAGGGACUGUAUAAUACAUAUAAAUGUCAGGAAUGUGGGAAAGUUUACAAAUAUUACAGUUCCUUACAGAGGCACAAAAGAACUCACACUGGAGAGAAACUGUAUGAAUUCCAGCAAUGUGGAAAAAGUUUCAGUAAUCAUCAAGGUUUCCAAACACAUGAAAGAAUUCACUCUGGAGAGAAGCCCUAUGAAUGUAAGCAAUGGGGUAAAGGUUUACGUUCUCAAAAAGGUUUCCAAAAACAUGAAAGAGAUCACACUGGAGAAAAACCCUGUGAAUGUAAGGAAUGUGAGGAAGCAUUCAUUAACCCCAGCUCUCUUCAAAUACAUGAAAGGAGUCACAGUGGAGAGAAACCACAUGUGUGUAAAACAUGUUGUAAAUCACUUAGUAUUCCCAGAUCCCUUCAAGAACAUGAAAGAACCCAUACUGGAGAAAAACCCUAUGAAUGUAAAGUAGGUGGGAAAUCCUUCACUUCCACUUACGUUCAAGUUCAUGAAAGAGCUCACGCUGGACAGAAACCCUAUCAAUGUCAGGAAUGUGGGAAAGCCUUCGUUUGUCCCUCAGGCAUUCGAAGGCACAUGAGACUGCACACUGGAGAGAAACCAUAUAAAUGUGAAGAAUGUGGGAAAGCAUUCAAUAAUCCCAGUUCUGUUCACAUACACAAAAGGACUCACACUAGAGAGAAACUGUAUAUGUGUAAAACAUGUUCUAAAGCAUUUAGUAUUCCCAGAUAUCUUCGAAAACAUGAGAAAACCCAUCCUGGAGAAAAACCCUAUGAAUGUAAAAUAUGUGGGAAAACCUUCAGUUCCACCUAUGUUCAAGUGCAUGAAAGAAUUCACACUGGGGAGAGACCCUAUAAAUGUAAGGAAUGUGGGAAAGCCUACAUUUCUCUCUCAGGCAUUCAAAGACACAUGAGCCUGCACACUGGAGAGAAACCGUAUAAAUGUGUAGAAUGUGGGAAAGCAUUUAUUAUUCCCAGUUUUCUUCAAACACAUGCAAGGACUCACACUGGCGAGAAACCGUGUGUGUGUAAAAUAUGUUCUAAAGCAUUUCGUUUUUCCAGUUCUCUUCAAAAACAUGAAAGAACUCAUACAGAAAAACCCUAUGACUGUAAAAUAUGUGGGAAAACUUUUGCUUCCAAUGUUCAAGUGCAUGAAAGAACUCACCCAGGAGAGAAGCCUUAUGAACAGGAAUGUGGGAAAGCCUACAUUUCUGUCUUAGGCAUUCAGAGACACAUGCAUACUGCAGAGAAACCAUGUAAAUAUGAAGAAUGUGGGAAAACCUUUUCUGAUCUCUACUUUGCAAAGCAUGAAAGGCUCAAGCUGAGGGGCGUGGCCCUCCGAGCUAUCCAAUCAGGGGCGCCGCUGGGGCAGGUGGGUGGGGGCGACGUACCGCACCGGAGUGGACGUCCCUACUGGCGCCGGCCUCGCCGGAGAUCGGUGACCUGCACUGGUCGUGGGAGCCGUCGGAAGGACUCAGGGAGAUCCAAGAAACCUAGAAAUGGUGAGUGUGCUGCUCCUGAGUGCGGAGUUGGGGCGGAGCGUCUUGUGGGAACCGGCUGUGGCGGGACUCGGACCUCAGUCCCCUCCCGCCCGCAGCGUGGAGGCUGGGACGGCAGCCGGACCCCGGGCGUUCUGUCCCGUUAUUUAGCUCGGCGCCCGACCCCAGAGCUUCGCUGGGCAGCGCUGUUCCUACGUCCCGGCGUCUCCCCAGACUGUGCGGUAGCCACGGGGAGGGUCAUUAGUGACAAUCAGGCCUCGGUCUCUGGGGUUCGUGCGUGGGAGGAGCUGUAG